UCGCAAAAUGAUAACGCCAGUUCAGGAUUGUGGGACUGCGAAGUAAAAUAAUAUUGGAGGAAAACGAAACCAGUCAUUUAAAUACGCUGCAGUUUCUUGUGGAGUUAACACAGCUGUCAUGGGACGAGAGUCGAGGCACUACCGGAAGCGGUCGGCUUCGCGGGGUCGUUCGGGGAGUCGGUCGAAGAGCCGGUCUCCGGAGAAGCGCUCGAAGCGCGAGGACAGGGCUAGUUCCCGCAACCGCGAACGCGACCGCGGCCGGAGAGAACGGUCGCGCAGCAGAGAGCGUCGCCGCUCGCGCUCCAGAGACCGGAAGCGUCCCAGGCGAUCCAGGAGCCGGGAGAGAAGGCGAAGCCGCAGUCGCGAGCGGAGGAGGAGCAGGAGCCGACACAGGUCCCGCUCGGCCAGCCCAAGCAAGAGCAGGAAAAACGACGACAGGUCCAAAAGCAAGGAAAGGUCAGACAACAAUGAACAGACUACAGAGAAGAAAAAGAUAAAGGAAGAAAAGGAGGAAGAGAAGGUUGAAGAUCAAGACUUUGACCAGAACAAGCUGGAGGAGGAGAUGAGGAAGAGGAAGGAGCGCGUGGAGAAAUGGAGGGAGGAGCAGAGGAGGAAGGCCAUGGAGAACAUCGGGGAGCUGAAGAAGGAGCUGGAGGAGAUGAAGCAGGGGAAGAAGUGGAGUCUGGAAGACGAUGAUGAUGACGAUGAAGAGGCACUGGCUCCAGCAGAGGCAGAGGAAGAGGAGGAGGAGGCAGCAGCCGCCCCCGAGGAGGCUGCGCCCAUGGAAGAGGAGACUGGCGAGGAGCUGGACCCCCUGGACGCGUACAUGGAGGAGGUGAAGGAGGAGGUGAAGAAGUUUAACAUGGGCAGCAUGAGAGGAGGGAACGACAAGAAGGGGGGAAUGAAGGUGACCAAGGUGAUGACGGUUUUAACCACAAAGAAGGCGCCUCAUACCACCAAAAAGAAAGGAGAACUGAUGGAGAACGACCAGGACGCCAUGGAGUACUCUUCUGAGGAGGAGGAGGUGGACCUGCAGACGGCGCUGACCGGCUACCAGACCAAGCAGCGGAAGGUUCUGGAGCCCGUGGACCACCAGAAGAUCGAGUACGACCCGUACCGCAAGAACUUCUACGUGGAGGUGCCGGAGCUGGCCAAGAUGACGCCGGAGGAGGUGAACGUGUACCGCUUAGAGCUGGAGGGGAUCAUGGUGAAGGGUAAAGGCUGCCCUAAGCCAAUCAAAACCUGGGUGCAGUGCGGCACCUCCAUGAAGAUCCUAUGUGCGCUCAAAAAGCACGGUUACGAGAAGCCCACGCCCAUCCAGACCCAGGCCAUACCCGCCAUCAUGUGCGGGCGUGACCUCAUCGGGAUCGCCAAGACGGGAAGCGGGAAGACCAUCGCCUUCCUCCUGCCCAUGUUCCGCCACAUCCUGGACCAGAGGCCCCUGGAGGAGUCUGAGGGCCCCAUCGCGGUAAUCAUGACCCCCACCAGAGAGCUGGCGCUGCAGAUCACCAAAGAGUGCAAGAAGUUCUCCAAACUACUGAACCUGAGGGUGGUGUGUGUGUAUGGCGGCACUGGGAUCAGUGAGCAGAUCGCUGAGCUGAAGAGAGGAGCGGAGAUCAUCGUCUGUACGCCAGGGCGAAUGAUUGAUAUGUUAGGUGCCAACAGUGGUCGGGUGACCAAUCUCCGGCGGGUCACGUACGUGGUGGUGGACGAAGCGGACCGAAUGUUUGACAUGGGGUUCGAGCCGCAGGUAAUGCGCAUUGUGGACAACAUCAGGCCCGACCGGCAGACGGUCAUGUUCUCCGCCACCUUCCCGCGGGCCAUGGAGGCGCUGGCGCGGAGGAUCCUGUCCAAACCCAUCGAGGUGCAAGUGGGAGGCCGCAGCGUGGUGUGCUCCGACGUGGAGCAGCACGUGAUCGUGAUCGACGAGGAGAGCAAGUUCCUGAAGCUGCUGGAGAUCCUGGGCCAUUACCAGGAGAAGGGCUCGGUCAUCAUCUUCGUGGACAAGCAGGAGCACGCGGACGGGCUGCUGAAGGACCUGAUGAAGGCCUCCUACCCCUGCAUGUCCCUGCACGGAGGGAUCGACCAGUACGACCGGGACAGCAUCAUCAACGACUUCAAGAACGGGGCGUGCCGACUCAUGGUGGCCACGUCCGUGGCCGCUCGGGGCCUGGACGUCAAGCACCUCAUCCUGGUGGUGAACUACAACUGCCCCAACCACUACGAGGACUACGUCCACCGGGCCGGACGGACCGGGAGGGCUGGGAACAAGGGGUUUGCGUACACGUUCAUCACGGAAGACCAGGUGCGAUACGCCGGGGACAUCAUUAAGGCUCUGGAGCUGUCCGGGUCCCCCGUGCCCAAGGAGCUGGAGCAGCUCUGGCUCAACUUCAAAGACCAGCAGAAAGCGGAGGGGAAGAGCAUCAGGAGCAGCAGCGGCUUUUCGGGGAAGGGCUUCAAGUUCGACGAGACGGAGCACGCCCUGGCCAAUGAGAGGAAGAAGCUGCAGAAGGCCGCGCUGGGCCUGCAGGACUCUGACGACGAGGACACGGCGCUGGAUAUCGACGAGCAGAUCGAGAGCAUGUUCAACUCCAAGAAGAGGGUGAAGGACCUGUCUGCGCCCGGGGGCGGGGGCGGCGGGGGUGGCGGAGGGGGCGGGGGCUCCGCGGCGGCGGCGGCAGGACUGGCCGGCCUCGCCAUACCCUCCGCCGGAAACAUCCAGAAGCUGGAGAUCGCCAAGAGGCUCGCCCUCAAAAUCAACGCCCAGAAGAACCUGGGGGCGGAGGCUCAGGAUGUGAUGCAGCAGGCCACCAACGCCAUCCUGAGGGGGGGCACGAUACUGGCGCCCUCGGUCUCCGCCAAGACCAUCGCGGAGCAGCUGGCGGAGAAGAUCAACGCCAAGCUGAACUACAUCCCCGUGGAGAAGAUGGAGGAGGAGCGGCAGAACGCCGAGCAGUCCGAGACCAUCAAGCGCUACGAGGAGGAGCUGGAGAUCAACGACUUCCCCCAGACGGCCAGGUGGAAGGUCACCUCUAAGGAAGCGCUGCAGAGGAUCGGAGAGUACUCUGAGGCGGCCAUCACCAUCCGAGGGACCUACUUCCCGCCCGGCAAGGAGCCCAAAGAGGGGGAGCGGAAGAUCUACCUGGCCAUCGAGAGUGCGAACGAGCUGGCUGUGCAGAAGGCGAAGGCUGAGAUCACCCGGCUCAUCAAAGAGGAGCUCAUCAGAUUACAAAACUCCUACCAGCCAACCAGCAAAGGAAGAUACAAGGUCUUGUAGAAGAAUGGGAAUCGAAGCUGGAUAAAUAUCUUCAUUAUGUCCAAAAAUUGAUUUGAGAGUAUGUUUUAGUAUAUUUUUAAUUCCAGUGCAUUGGACACAGAAUAUUUCCUGUAGCAGGCCCCAUAGGUAAGCUUCCCAUUUCUGUAGGUACAUUACAAAAUUAUCAACUCCGCUACCGUGUGAUGUGUUGUGCUCUCUGUGUCGACCAUGAUUGGAAAAAGCCUCUUUUGUGUAUAUGUGUAUUCGGUCGAAGACGUCACUCACUCUUGGUCAGGGUUAUGGAUAAUUCUAGUGGCCAGUUUAAAUGUCUCACAUGCAAAAUAUUUUUUAUUCUGUUUAAAAUGGCAAAUAAAAGGAUUGUACAUUAAGAACUUUCGUUUGUACCUAGCGCCCAUACCCCAAGGUAAGAAAAUUGCUUAUUGAGUUGUACAAUGAAAAUCAAGCUGUUGACUUCUCAUGUUUUUUCUUUUUAGCACAAUAAAAUAUUCAAGCAAUUUCC